UGUAUUUUGAUGUGAAAUUAUUGCGAUGUUCAGCAGCAGCGGGGAAUAAAUAGUUGUUCCUAGCUAUUUCACUGCAUCCCCUUCUCUCCCUCUCUCUCUCUGUCUCUCACUAUGGGCAGCAGUAACAAAACUAAUUAUACGUUGUUGGAUCAAUGCUGCUGCUAUUAUAAAACAGAACGAAAUCUCUUCUUUAUCAGUUUAUGUUUCAUAUCGCUUGUCGCUCUGAUUUCGUCUUUUAUUCAAACAGACUACUUAACAAUCCGCUGUUUCAUUUAACAAUUAUCUGACCAUCAGUUUAAAGGCAGCAACUCCACCAUCGUACUCUGAGGAAGCGAACAAGAAAAGCAUGGAUUGCUGGAUUUGAAAUAGAAACAAAACAAUAAAUUAUUGUCAAAGCUCGGUAAUGCUCAACAGAAAUAAUUGAAAAGGAAUGGAAUUUUACCGUUUUUUUCGUAUGGAAAUCCCUAUCCUUCAAAACAAGAUGACACCUCACCUUUUAUACAAGCAGCUGUCAUCUACAUCUAACUUUGACAUCUCUUGUCAAACAUGCAACUAGAGUCUUACCGACCAGGCACAAUCUUUCCUACCCAGAAUGUCAGCCUUUGGAAUACUGUUCCUGUAAACAAUUUUCCUAUAGACAAUAUUGACUGCUAAGUGUUUAAACCAAGCAUGAACUGCUGUCGUUUGACUACCAGUCUUGGGUAUUCAAACAAUAACUUUGGUACAGUCCCUUCUUCCCCACUUAAUACACUCCAUCCUAUCCAAAAAUGGGAAACAAAGAAAUGAUAUGAGUCACAUAUGUGAUAUCUUCAUUUUGCAAAAAAUUUACCAAGCUAUAUAUUUACUCAUAAUUUUUCUCAAUACAGUUUUAUUUAGUAUCUUGGAUUGCUGUAUGUCUACGCUUCGAGAAUGGAAGAAGUUAGCCUGGUUUGGCACAAUUGCAUUCACACUUUUUACGUUAAUGAACUUCUUUCAAUACACAAAGAACCAGACUAGCAUCGAUGCCAGAAAUAAUAUUCCAGCUGGAAAGGAAAAAGGACAUCUGAAGACCAUCAUCGACAUGUUAUGUCCAAACAGUGGCACACUCUGCACUGAGAGGAUUGAAAUGAAUGGCAAAGAGGAUAUAUUCUCUGACUUCAGUGAAAAAUUACGACGCCAUGUGGAACAAUGUAUUGAAAAGUUGCAAAAAUUUCCUCCAGUUACUUACAAGCAAACCCUUUUGACUCUCUUCACAACAUGGGAUCAUCACGAUUCUAAGAAAGAACUCCAUGAAAACACCGUCCGUAAUUGGCUUGCAUUUGGUCCGUCCGUCAAGGUGAUUGUCUUCUCUGCCAAUCCUGAGACAAGAAUCUUCUGUGAAAAGAUUGGUUGCAAUUACCAGUAUAUCACUGUUCAGCGUGUAACUGGAGUGCCUUUAUUGAAAUCAAUGUAUUUAGAAGCACAGAAAUCAUUUGAUAGCUUUUUUUAUGCAUUUGCCAAUGCGGAUAUUUUAUUUGAAGCAAAUCUAAUCAAGACAUUGGAACGUGUUUUGUAUAUGUUUAAUAAUACAGAAAAGGCAAUUUUGAUAAUUGGACAACGGACAAAUGUUAUGAAUGUUACCAAAGAAGAGGCUGUUCCAGUUAAUUCUGUGACUAAAAUUGCCCUGAAUCGUGGAACUAUAUUCCGAACUGAUGCUGAAGAUUAUUUCAUUACAUCAAAGCCAUUUCCAUGGAAAGCAUUUCCAGAUUUCAUUGUUGGAAGUCCAGCAUAUGAUAAUUGGUUAGUUGCAUAUGCUAUUCAUAAUAAUUUCUUGACGAUAGAUGCCACAAAUUCUAUCAUAGCUGUACAUCAGACCACGAGGUCUGGAAACUAUGAUGGGCAUCAUAAACACUUUACGGAUUAUAAUCUUAAAUUAAUUAGAAAAAUACGCUCACGGGUUAAUGUCCUUGCUGGACACACAAUUUGUACAAAAUAUUUUGCUCAAAAAGACUUUUGUGGGCUCACAGAAAUUAUUCAGCGCAGAACAAAUCCUUGUGCCAAGCCAAAAUCCAGAAGAGGAUGAUGGAUAUAUAUCUAUUUUUGGAAAAAAUAAUAAAGUUGUAUAAAUCACCACACACUUUAAAAAAAAAGAACAACAAAAAUUCAAUAAAUUUAUUUUAUAUGUUUAUUUUACAAUAAAAAAUUAUUGAAAGUUUUGUUAGAGCACUGUGUUUUGCUUGGUCCUACCAAUCAACAGCACAUGUUUGGGCAUCAGGUCAUUGGUAAUAUAUAAUUUUAAAAAAUCAUAAUUUUAUAAAAAAUUUUGGACCAGACUGUUCAGUAGUUUCACUUCAGAGCAUUUCUGAAUGAUGGGCAACUCUACAGUAAGGAAAAUAUUUGUAAAUAACUGAAAUUGCUUAAAUUAUAGUCUUGGUGCCUGACAAUUCCUUGAUUCCAUGACAAGUGUAUUUUCCUGUUAUAUAACCCCUAAAUGCUGUGUUUCUGCUGAUGUGAUGUCAGUGUUGUGUUUGAAAUUGACAAAAGUUAGCAAUAUUUUGAGAAAGGUUAAUAAUUUAAAUUUUGGUGUUUGAUUAAUAUUUUGUCUUAUUGAAACUAUGAUGUAAAUGGUAAAGGAAUGAAUCUACAGGAAAUAUUCUAUGUCUGUAUAAAGGUUAUUCACUGAACCUAUGAAGUCUUCAUUUAUCGCUUAUUAUCAAAUUUGAAUACAUCUGAAAAUACAUCCAAAUAUCUUCUGUAACUGAUUUCGUUAGUGUCAUUUUAACCAUUUCUAUGGCUUUCAUUUAACAUCUUUGAAUCCAUAUUUUUGUCUUCAUUUUUAUGUUACAUUCCUUUUUCACUAUUCCAGCAUGUAUAUGUUUGGUGAUGCUUAAAUAUGUUAUUACAUACACAUCAUUAACAGCUUCUCCUAACAAGAAUUCAUGUGAAAAAAACCAGAGAUCUCAGUCUAAUUUUUUAUGAGUCACUCUUAUAUUUGAGUAAUUCUUAUUGCUACAAGUGAAUCUGGUACUUACAAAUUACUCUAGUAUUUACCAGUGACUCUGGUAUUGGUAUAACAUUAUGACUUACUGAAGGGAUAUCCUUCUUGAAGAGAUGUGUCAAAUACCCAGUCACUUAACUCUUUUAGCAUCCUCCCAUAUGAUCUAUGGUUGGCUGGCUUGGUUUCAAGGUUGACCUUAAUAAUUAGAAACAUCUCAAUGUCAUCAUAGAAGAGUAAUUACACCAGUAUUUAAUUGGUAAACACUUAUGUGAACUUUACAUUUAGGUAGGAAGUCAUAUUUUCUUUUGUUUCAUUUGUUCAACAAGUCCCUGUGUUUAAAUACACUGUUUUUAGUAAAAUGGGUGCUAAACAUAUUUAAUGCAAUUAGCUAAGAAACUGUAAUUAAAUACAAUUUCACUUAUACUGAGAAGAAAUAAUCAUCAGCUAAAUGAUAAAUUCUGGUCAAGAAAGGCAUGGGACACAUUCCUGGAAUUAAAUUCAAAUUAAUAAAAAAAAAUAUAUAGAAUACAGUAUUGGAGUGUUAUUACAGAGUUACUUUACCUUUAGAUCCACAUUUAAUUCAUAGAAAUUAAUCUUUAGGGUUAAAAUAAAGGUCUUGGACAGACUCUCCUUGAAAAUAAGGGGGGCCAUGGUUGAAAUGUCUGGUCAUAGAUCUCAGAGUUGACAUAGAGCUAAUCAACAAGAUGGAAUGGUCCUGUUUGGAAUACUUUGAUCAUGUCUUCCUUAUCAGUGUUAAACAAAAAUAAGAUUGGAUGGUCACAAAUGGAUUGCCUUAAUCAUGUGUCUGAUCAAUCCUGUGAUUUAAGUAUUGAAAAAUCCAAAUAACAUUGUCUU